AAGGUAAUAAUUUAUUUUCCACUUGUGAAACGUUAUCUGCGCACUAGCAAAGCUGUGGGGACAGUAAAAGCUGCAGAGUGCAAACACAUUCAUCGUAUCACAAGCUGCAGAUUCACACAAUCAUCGUCAUCAUAUUUCAUAUCACUUGCAAUUGUGACUUGUUUUUUGUUUCUUUGUCACUGAAACAAAAAUUGAAUCAGAAUGGAAGGGACGAACAGAUGCUCUGCAAAUUACGUUCCAUUAACACCCAUCAGCUUCUUGAAAAGAUCAGCGAUUGCUUACAGAGACAGGCUCUCUAUUAUAUAUGGUGAAAAUGUCAAGUUUACAUGGAAGCAGACUCUUGAGAGGUGCACUCGACUCGCUUCGGCUCUCUCCCAACUCGGCGUUUCACCCGGUGAUGUUAUUGCUGCUUUGGCCCCAAAUGUUCCCGCCAUGUAUGAGCUACAUUUUGGAGUUCCUAUGGCAGGAGCAGUUCUUUGUACACUUAAUAUACGUCAUGAUUCAGCUAUGGUUUCAGUGUUACUGAAACAUUCAGGUGCCAAAAUCAUAAUUGUAGAUUACCAAUUCCUUGAUAUUGCAAAAGGAGCACUGGAAAUUCUAUCAAAGACUGUCACUCAGCUGCCUCAUCUUGUAGUCAUCUCUGAGUCUGAUAAACCAUCAGACUCUAAUACUGAAAUCUGUUUCUCAAUAACCUCGGAGUAUGAGUCUCUUUUAGCAACGGGAAGCUUGGAUUUUGAAAUACGACUUCCGCAUGAUGAAUGGGAUCCCAUAUCACUUAAUUAUACUUCAGGAACGACAUCAAGCCCAAAAGGUGUGGUAUAUAGUCAUAGAGGUGCAUAUCUAAACUCUUUGGCCGCCGCCCUUCUUAAUGAUAUGUCUUCUAUGCCUGUCUACUUAUGGGCGGUUCCUAUGUUUCAUUGUAAUGGCUGGUGUCUUACUUGGGCUAUUGCUGCUCUAGGUGGAACAAAUGUCUGUCUAAGAAAUGUCACUGCAAAAAAUAUUUUUGAUAGCAUAACCUUGCACCAUGUUACACAUAUGAGUGGUGCACCUACAGUUUUAAAUAUGAUAGCAAAUGCGCCACCUGAAGUCAAUAAAGCAAUUCCGGGAAAGGUGAUGGUGAUGACCGGUGGUGCACCACCGCCUCCUCAGGUCAUUUUUAAGAUGGAGGAGCUAGGAUUCAGUGUCACUCAUUCAUAUGGUCUGACAGAAACAUAUGGUCCUGGGACCGUUUGCUCCUGGAAGCCAGAGUGGAAUACCCUGCCUCCUGAUGCACAAGCAAAGAUCAAGUCUCGUCAAGGAGUGCAUCAUAUUGGCUUGGAAGAAGUUGACGUCAAAGAUCCUACUACUAUGAAGAGUGUACCUCCAGACGCGAAAACAAUAGGCGAGGUUAUGUUCAGAGGCAACACUGUGAUGAACGGGUACUUGAAAGAUCGUCAGGCAACAGAAGAUGCUUUCAAAGGUGGGUGGUUUCGAAGUGGUGACUUGGGUGUAAAACACGAAGAUGGUUACAUUGAACUAAAGGAUCGCUCGAAAGACAUCAUUAUUUCUGGAGGGGAAAAUAUAAGCACGAUAGAGGUAGAAGCUGUGCUUUUUAGUCAUCCAGCAAUUCUUGAAGCAGCUAUCGUGGGAAGACCUGAUGAUCAUUGGGGAGAAACCCCUUGUGCAUUCGUGAAGCUGAAGGAUGGGUGUGAUAUUACUGGUAAUGAGAUCAUCAGUUAUUGUCGGAGUCGCUUGCCUCAUUACAUGGCUCCUCGUACUGUGGUUUUUGAGGAUCUGCCCAAAACUUCAACAGGAAAGACCCAAAAGUUCAUACUUAGGCAAAAGGCUAGAGCUAUGGGAAGCCUUCCAAAGAGCACUACCAGCAAAUUAUAAGUUCCUAAAUGAAGCUUGUCGCUUCAACAAUUCAGAAGAAUUUGUGCUGUCACAUGGCAGCUAAAUAUACAGUAUCCAUAUGUAUUGUGCUGUUAAGAAGCAUCUUUCAUGAAUGUAUAAUAAUGUAUUCCUGUGGAGUAUUGAAGCUUGCUGAAAUACAUGGACUUGGACUUCCUGUCUUUACUGUUUA